AUGGCAUUAGCUAAUGUACUUGGUUUUAAUUCUAAUGAUACAUUCAAUCGUUCACUUCAAUGUGAAAAAACAGAUGAUAAUAUUGAUGAAUUUUGUCCAAAAUUAAAUAUAGAUAAUAUUUCAAAAUUUAUUACUUUACCACCAUAUGCUGAUCCUGCGAAGUACUUAAAUAUGGUCAAUGAAAAUGUUGAUCGAGUUAAAAUAAAAUUUCUUAAAGGUACAACAACAUUAGCAUUUAAAUUUCGUAAUGGAGUUAUAGUAGCUGUUGAUAGUCGUGCAACAGCCGGUGGAUUUAUUGCAUCCGGAGAAGUAAAAAAAGUUAUUGAAAUUAAUCCAUAUUUAUUGGGUACAAUGGCUGGUGGUGCUGCUGAUUGUGCCUUUUGGGAACGUGUACUUGCUCGACAUUGUCGUAUAUAUGAGCUACGUAAUAAAGAAAAAAUAUCUGUUGCAGCUGCAUCAAAAAUUCUUGCUAAUAUGAUCUUUGAAUAUCGUGGAAUGGGUUUAUCAAUGGGUACAAUGAUUAUUGGUUGGGAUAAACGAGGCCCUGGUUUAUAUAUGGUAUCAGAUGAUGGUGAACGUAUUAGUGAUAAUUUAUUCUCAGUUGGUAGUGGAUCAAUUUAUGCAUAUAGCAUUCUUGAUGCCGGUUAUAAGUAA